AUGGCCCAGCCGAAGACCGCCAAGAAGAAUAAGGCAGGACAGCAACCCGCGUCGAGUGGACUGUCGACCGGGAGCCAUGGGGUCGAGCCAGCAGGAUGGCCAUCCCUAAAGACGAAGCCGAAGUUGAAAGUGGACACGAUAAUCCGGUCGCAGAUCAUGACGGUGAACGAUCUACUGACGGAGGACGAGUGUGGACGAGUGAUCCGAGCACUCGACCAUCUUAGGACAGCCGAUGGACACGCGCUCCAGUUCGAGACCACCAGUCGGGUGCCCAAGCGUGGCGAGGCCUUCCGGUUCAACGACCGCAUCUCCUUCCACGACCCUGUCUUCGCUCACACCUUGUGGUCGAAAACCGGACUGAAGACCUCCUGCGAAUCCUGGCUACGCGAGCAGGGCAAUCAUCACACCCAGCAGUCUACGCGCUGUUGGGGCCUCAAUCCUAACCUCCGGUUUUACAGAUAUCGGGUCGGCCACAAAUUCGAGAAACACUUCGACGAAUCCGUCCAGAUUUCUAAAUCCGAUCUUCCAAUACCAUCUGAAAGCGAGUCGGAGAUGCCGGAGACUCUAUGGACGGAAUACACGCUCUUGAUUUACCUAACCGGGACGAAAGAGACCAGCCAUCAGCGGACAAGAAAAGAAGGAGGCGGCGACGACCGUCCAGGCAGCUCCAAAGUUCGGACGGAGGCUGAUAGCGAGCCCUUGCAAGGCGGAGAGACGGUUUUUUACAACACCCCGAUCAGGAGCCAAAAGCGACUCGCCCAAGACCAUUCCUCGGUGGCUGCUUCUGUCACGCCUGUGGCUGGCUUGGCUUUGAUCCAUCGUCACGGAUCCGAAUGCUUGCUCCAUGAAGCUCGCCAGGUGACGGCGGGGGCUAAAUACGUCCUCAGAAGCGACUUGGUCUUUGGAUAA